AUGCCUCGACAUCUGUCGUUCACGAAAGCUAAUAGAUGUGCUGCAGCAAAGCGGAAAAAGGUCAAUAUCUAUACCUCCCAGCUUUCAAGUGCAUCAAGCAGCAUCCACGAGACAUACACCUUCAUCUCUCAAAAACAAGGGUUCUCAGCACACGGAUCUCAUGUCACCGCGAAGACUAGUGCAUCUUCAGUCCAACUCAUCGAAGCAAUGGACUCCUCCUUAAUGACUGACUCACACACAAACCAUGACUUUUCAGAUUUUACUGGUGCAGACAUAGAGACUGAAUGUUUGGAGACUGAAGAUAAUCGCAAAUGCAAACACACAGCUGGUGAUCAUCCUCUUCUGUCAUGGAAAGCUGAACGCGACACCUUCUUACUCGAGUUUUUGCAGCACAAUGGACAGGGCGACUACAUGGACCUUUGUGUCUGUGGAAAUUGUGGUUUUGGCCACCCAGAAUUCCGCUGCAUGGGUUGCUUCAGCAGGGAAUUGUUUUGCUCACUAUGUAUCGUGGCUUUGCACACCAGGAAUCCCCUCCACCAGAUUCAGAAAUGGACGGGAUCUUCAUUUGUUUCUCUGUCGCUCAAACAGCUCGGGUUACGCGUACAACUCGGCCAUCUGAUUGGAGAGGAUUGCCUAUUACCCCGGCAGGCGUUCAAUGACGACUUCACAAUAAUUCACACCAACGGCAUACACAAAGUCGGGCUUGAUUACUGUGGUUGCGACACUGCGCAGACACAUACAACACAGCUACUUCCCACAUUUCGAAUUCUUGAACAGUACCAUCUGUUGUCCUUCGAGUCCAAGGCUUGUGGCUAUGGAUUUUAUCACGCAAUUGCACGACUUACUGAUAAUACUGGUCUUCACCCAUACAAGGAUCAGUACGAGGCCUUCUUGUGGAUGGUUCGAGAGUGGCGACACUUCAAGAUGCUUAAACGCAGCUGGGAGGGAGAAUGUGCCGUUGUGUGUCCUGCUUGCCCCCAGCCUGGAAAAAACCUACCAGAUGAUUGGCAGGAGGCGCCAGAUGACAAGCGAUGGUUAUACGCACUCUUUGUCACUAUAGACGCUAAUUUUCGCUUGAAGAGGCGCGCAAUUUCAAAGGAUGGCAUAGACCCUGGCCUGAGUCGUGGAUGGGCAUAUUUUGUCGAAGAAACAGCCUACAAAUCCCACAUGCAGCAUACAUGUUCAUCUCACAAUGCUGUUAACAUGGCCGACACUGAAGGCUGUGUCAAUGUUCUCAACGUCUCUUACAAUAUUGCGUGCCAAUGGCACAAGAACCUCUGGCAAUGCAUGUCGACAAUGCUGGCUCAUCUUCAACUCGAUCACACAAGUAAAUUGGUCCGCUUAUUUGUGCCGAAAUUUCAUUUACCUGCCCACAUCCUCAAAUGUCAGUCCGCGUUCUCCUUCAAUUUUUCCAAGAAUGUCGGGUGGUGGUCGAAUAUCAAUCCUGUAGCAUCGAGUACCAAGGAAAUGGGACCGGGAUCUCGAAGGGACACGCUAGACGAUCACUUCGGUGAUUGGAACUGGAAGAAGUCAGUCGGUCUCGGUGCUACUCUUCUUUGCAAGAUGAACGAGGCUAACGAGGAACAUCAAGCUCAUGCAAGCACUUUUGAAGAGCUCAAUGAAGCCUUGGCACCAGAAACCACUGCAGGAUGGAGAGCAUGUGUCGAGCAUUGGGAAGAAAAUCCCAACAAUGCAUCUGUGCCCAAUCCUUUUGAAAUGAAAGUUUCGACAAUCACGCAAGCUGCAGUUCAACUCAAACUGGUUGAACUAGAAUCACGUCAACUUCGGGAAGGUAAUGACAUAUCGCUUCAUCCAGACAUAUUGCCCAGCGUGUUUAUCGCAACAGGAAUUGACCUCGAGAGUGAACAACAGAAGACUGUUCUCGUGCGGCAGCAGAAUGCCCUCCAGCGCAAAGUGGAUGCAUGGAAGCAAGUGCAACUCCUCUACACUCCAACGGCACAGUUGUUAGCAUCCCAAAUCGAAUCCAUUGGCAUUCCAGACAAUCCACUGGCAGAAGACAUCAAGCUCUUAUUACCAUCAUUGUUGACAGCUGACUCCAUAUCCUGCAGCCCCCACCUUCAUACAAUCGAAUGGGAGCUACAAAUCGCACAGGCAGGGGAUGCGCUGGAUGAGAUUAGACAGAGUCUUCGACUACGCAACUACCUGUACACCUUCAAACAGAGCUGGAUUCGGGGUCAGAGUGUGAAUACCUGGGCGCAAAAUGCACUUGGCCGAGUAGAGGCAAGGGCCACAGCUUCCGCUGAGAAAUAUUGCGCGGCCCAUGCUGCAUUAUCUUCCCUUGCACCUGUUCUAAACAAGGUAGGUUGGAAUCUUAAAUUUUGCUCACUGAACAACAGAGACAAUGUCUGUGGGAUGAUGGUGCCUAGAAAGGGGGAGAGUGAGGGAAGACGGCAGCUCUCGUGGAUUUGGUUGGUGGAAGGAGUCGGAGAUGACGAAGAUGAAGUAGUCCAGGAUUGUCUUCGGGUUGAGUGGUGCAAAGCUCGCACCAGGAUGAUGCACUGGAAGGAAGAGAUUGAGUUGCUGGAAGAAGAAAUGCAUCGCAUUCUCCAAUUUAUUCAAUGGCAUGCACUCUGGUGGGACAACGUAGCUCAUUUGCAUGCUCUUGUGGGGGCUGAAAAGGAAGGGGUAGUUGCCUAUGCCACUCGCCAGGCUCAUCUACAUCGUGACCUCAGUGCCAAGUUCGAGACUUCAUGGGCCUGA